GGCGGUGCAUCACGGGCGCGACCCCGCCCCCCGGAGUACCCGGAUGAGGCAGACCCGGCGCCGGCGGGCGAUGCUGCGGCUGUGACAGGGGAUGCGCCCCGGUUGUAUUGAUCAUGGACACUGAAGAAAUCCCGACUUUUUCGAGUCUAAAGGAGGAAACUGCGUAUUGGAAAGAGCUUUCCUUGAAGUACAAACAAAGCUUCCAGGAAGCUCGUGAAGAGCUGGCUGAAUUUCAGGAGGGAAGCAGAGAAUUAGAAGCUGAGUUGGAGGCACAGCUAGUGCAAGCUGAGCAGAGGAAUAGAGAUUUGCAAGCAGAUAACCAAAGACUGAAGUAUGAAGUGGAAACGUUAAAGGAGAAACUGGAGCACCAGUACGCACAAAGUUACAAGCAAGUGUCGUUGUUAGAGGAUGACCUGAGCCAGACACGGGCCAUUAAAGAUCAGCUGCAUAAGUAUGUGAGGGAGCUGGAGCAGGCCAACGAUGACUUGGAACGUGCAAAGAGGGCAACAAUAGUUUCAUUGGAAGACUUUGAACAAAGGCUGAACCAAGCUAUUGAGAGAAAUGCGUUUUUAGAAAGUGAACUGGAUGACAAGGAAUCAUUGCUAGUUUCUGUACAGAGAUUAAAGGAUGAAGCGAGAGACUUACGGCAAGAGCUAGCAGUACGGGAAAGACAACAAGAAGUCACUCGAAAGUCAGCACCCAGUUCUCCGACUCUAGACUGUGAAAAGAUGGAUUCGGCUGUCCAGGCGUCUCUCUCCUUGCCAGCUACGCCUGUUGGAAAAGGAUCAGAAAACAGUUUUCCUUCCCCAAAAGCUAUACCAAAUGGAUUUGGUACCAGCCCCCUUACUCCUUCAGCUAGAAUAUCUGCACUCAACAUUGUGGGAGAUCUGUUACGGAAAGUGGGGGCCUUAGAAUCCAAAUUAGCUGCUUGCAGAAAUUUUGCAAAGGACCAGGCAUCACGGAAAUCCUACAUUUCAGGGAACGUUAACAGCGGCAUGAUGAAUAGCAAUGGCACAAAGUACCCUCAUCCAGGGCAUACUUCUUUCUUCGACAAAGGGCGUGAAAAGGUCAUAUUCCCCACCUUGGUCAUGGGGCAGUAAAUGGCUUUGAUCAAGGUCCCCCUGGACUGGGAGCCUCUCGACCAUCCUCAGCACCUGGCAUGCUCCCCCUGAGCGUAUGAGCCCGCGGGAGGUCGUGUUCGGACUUGCAGAUGCUUUUCUCAGCCCACCAAGAGAAGAACUGCUCCCGAUUCCUCCCCCUGCCCACCCCGCUGGAACACGACCCACACCGUGCUGCCAGAGGAGACCCUGUGCUCGCGGCCCUUCAUGUCAUGUUAAUACAAUUUAUUUUCUCCUGUUGCUGUAGCGGACGUUCUCUGACUUGGCCCCACACCCUGUGCCGCACAAGCUGAGACACGCAGUGCUCUGUUUCAGAGGAUGCAGGAGUCUUGCUCGCCAAACCUUGGCCAGGCAGUCCUCAGCCCCUCGCGUUAUCUCUUCUCUAACUUAGGUUUGGCAUGAUACAAAGGUUGGCCGCUCCUCUUAAAGGCUCCCCUUCUCCCUGCCUGAUCCAGCAUCCUGCUGCUUAGGACGUGCAGCUGCUGCCCUCCCAGUAAGGCUCCAGCCUCUUGAAAGAGGCCCCAGGUGAGGCUGUGCGAUGGCACUUUGGACAUUUGCGCCUGGGAAUCGGGGCCAGGUACGUGAGACAGUUACUGCAGCUUAAUAAAUUACUGCCGGGCAGGCGCGUGGCUGUUGUUGCUGGUGCGUGUCCCCCUCCUGCCUCGUCUUGGAGCGGGCAGGGGAGGAUGAGCAUGUCCGGCAGCCCUGCCUGUACAGCCCCGGCUCCAGCUGGUAGCAGCGGCUGUGCAUGUCAGCAUGGGGCUCCUCUGGGGCCAGGGCUGAGCGGGGACAGGGAGGGAGGGGUGGAGGUGCUGGGCAGCAGCACAUGGGGGGUGAUAGUCACAUGUCAGUCGCAACAUCAAAUGCCCUAGCGUGAGCUGGCAGGGCUGAGAGUUGCUGAAGCAUUCUCCCUUGGCACUCCUGCACCUGUGCAGCUGUGGGGCAGUAACGUGUUCAGCUGCUGUAGCGUGCUCAUGGGGCCCGUGUGCCUGUAGCACAGCUUCCUGGCCCCACUGUACCCGGCUUUCAUCAGUCAAACUUCCAUGCACCUCCACAACAAGGACUCUGUGAGAGUGUUAGGAAGCCACUAAUCCAACUGGCCGCAAUGCCCAUGAAACCCCCCUCCCAAGACCCUGUAACCAUCACAACCACGUUCCGAUCUGUGUAAUAUAUGACUGGAUGUUACAGCGUCACCUACGGGCUUCUGUGACAGUUUUGGGUGACUGUGUACCUUGUGGGUCUUUCAAGCAACGUAUUUGUGCGAUUUCUCUGUCUAUGUGCCUCGGAGUCGGUGGAUUUUUAAAAUGAAUCAGCAAACCCAGCUGGAGUUUGAUCUGUGGGUUUAGAAAUUGUUGUUCCUGGUCUGGUCCAUCACAUUCAGUUGGCUCUGCAGCUCCAAGUUGGUUUAUUUACAAGCGCUGAGAAAAACCAUUGGCCCCAGCAGAAGGGAGGUGGGAAGUCCUGCCUUGCCGUUAGGGUUUGUGUGGUCCUCCUUUCCUGUGCAUCCUCUGCUGCAUUUGACUGUUUACAUUUGUUUUAUUGUACAUAGGUUUGUAAACAUUAUAUCUUUGCCUAAGAUCUUUGUACAUAA